AUGCCACCCCUCGCUGCUGUGAAUAACGAACCACGGUCGAUUUUAGCUCCGAAACGGCGUAAAAGAGCCCUUCAACCACAAGCACCCAGCCGGAUUCGGUAUACGGAGAAUCUUUCUCACAACACCGCAUAUGAGAGGCCUUGUGGAUAUGACGGGACACACCCAUGUACCACUGCGGGAUUGUCAGACUCUUCCACGGCAGUAGAGUCGGCGGAAGACGCCAACGAGGAAUCCGGCUUGUUCGGCGCCUCCAGCCGCAAGCGACUGGCGUGUCCAUACUACAAACAUGACAUUGACAAAUAUAGACACAUCCCUACAUGCCUUGGCCCUGGCUGGGCAUCGGUCCAUCGCUUGAAAGAGCAUAUCUAUCGGCGCCAUGCCAUGCCAAUACACUGCCCCCGCUGCUAUUGCACCUUCAAAACUGAGUCCGACUUGAGGGGACAUCAAAGAGCUCUCGAGGGUUGCACAGUGCAAGAAGCAAAAGGUUAUGAUGGGUAUGACAAAGAACAAGAGAAGAAGCUCAAGAGCAAGAAGCGAUGCAUCUCUGGGAAGACAGAAGAAGACAAAUGGAAUGACAUCUACAUGAUUCUUUUCCCUGAGGCCCAUCCAUCUGCAAUACCCUCACCAUAUUAUGAACAUAAUAUUGCAGUGCAAGGGAAGGCGGGCACAAUAGAGGCUUCUGUGGAUAUUACUCAAUUCAAAGAACACCUACGCGAUGACAUACCCUCAAGGGCCAUGCGAAGCCUACAACACCUAUGCCACGAGAAUGGGACGGAGCUCCAUUCAUUACAAAUAGAAAGCCUGGGUGAUAUAGUUCGAUUUGCAGUAGAGGAUGCCAUUGCUUCGUUUCAUAUGGCUCUCGCUCCAGCAACUAAGGCAGUUGCAAGAUAUCAGACUGCGGGGCAGGAUGCCGCUGUGAACCCGGCCAAAAAUUUCAAUACGAACCCCAAUGUUACAGACCUGAACCCUCCUAGAACAUCCCUAGACCUAAAUGCUGAAGGUCGCAUGGAUUGGCUGGAAACAGAUAUCUAUUUCAUCCCCGGCCCUGAGGAUGAUCCCUUCCAGACAGAUAAACCCUUCAAUCUUCAGCCCGUAGUACCGCCUAAUAUUGGAGAAGAGAUUAUGAAUCACCAACAACCGUUUCCUGCCACCAUAGCGGAUUUAUCAGAUUACCCAAUCGUUCUAUGCGAUCAUUUUAACGCAGGAAUGAGUGGCCUGGGUCUGCCUCUCCAGCAGCCUGAUUCUUCGGCCCAAGCAGCGUUCCCAACCUUUGUUAGGCGUAACUGUUACAGCUUACAAUCCUCCUACGUUUUAACAGCUUUUAAAAAGCCUUAA